CAUACAAUGUCAUCCCGUAGUUCUUCCUCAACUUUCAGAUCUGAGCGUUACAGCAACUAUAGCCGACGAUCAUCAGGUGACCCCUGUUUCGAUCAAUACAUCGAUGCAGCACGGAACAUAUUUGAGGAAGAAAUGGAAAAAUCCUCCUUCGGGAAUGGUCAUUUUGCAAGGCCUAGAAGUGAAUCCUUUGGAUACACAGCUCCAGUACCUGGGCAUCCAGGAGGCCUUGGAAAUGUCAGAACUAUUGGGGAUACUUACCAAGUUACAGCUGAUGUCAGUCAGUUUGAUCCAGAAGAGAUCAUUGUCACCAUGUACAACUACCACAUAGUCAUCAAAGCAGAAAAGAUGGCUGAAGAUGGAACUGUCAUAGAUACCUUCACUCAUAAGUGUCAGCUCCCUGAAGACAUGGACCCUCUAUCUGUGAGCUGUUCACGGACGGAUGUUGGUAUUCUGACAAUCAAUGUAAGAAGGAACCGACUGAAACCAGCAGAACCUCCACAACCAGUUUAUCGGAGUGAAGUUCAGUUAUAG